UCUCGCGAGGCUGAGUCGUUGUGGGAGCUCUAGUAGGACGCGGCUCCCCAGCCAGUGAUGGGGCCGAUCCCUGCUGACCCUUCAGCUGCUCCUCGACUACCUGUGCGGGCUUCUGCGUCUGCUUGCUGAAAAAGCUGAACAAACAAGAGGACUCGCUUACCUCGGGUGCAUAGGUCCCCUUUGGCAGAGGCUUUGAGUCGUUAUCGCCACAGCUGACGGCUGCGAGGGACUGAGACCAGAGUAUUCCUUGAGAAAUGAGUUGCACAAUUGAAAAGGCACUUGCUGACGCUAAAGCUCUUGUUGAAAGACUGAGAGAUCACGAUGAUGCCGCGGAAUCUCUGAUUGAGCAGACCACGGCUCUCAACAAGCGAGUAGAAGCGAUGAAGCAGUAUCAGGAAGAAAUUCAAGAACUUAAUGAAGUUGCAAGACAUCGGCCACGGUCCACAUUAGUUAUGGGAAUCCAGCAAGAAAACAGACAAAUCAGGGAAUUGCAACAAGAGAACAAAGAAUUACGUACAUCCCUUGAAGAACAUCAGUCUGCCUUGGAACUUAUAAUGAGCAAGUAUCGUGAGCAAAUGUUUAGAUUGCUAAUGGCUAGCAAAAAAGAUGAGCCGGGUCUCACAGUGAAGUUAAAAGAGCAACACUCCAAGAUUGACAUGGUACAUCGUAACAACUCCGAGGGAUUCCUCCUUGAUGCAUCUCGACACAUCCUUGAAGCACCUCAGCCUGGACUGGAGAGGAGACACUUGGAAGCAAAUCAGAAUGAAUUGCAAGCACAUGUUGACCAGAUAACUGAAAUGGCAGCAGUGAUGAGGAAAGCCAUUGAAAUUGAUGAGCAACAGGGUUGUAAGGAACAGGAACGAAUAUUUCAGUUGGAACAAGAAAACAAAGGCUUGAGAGAGAUCCUUCAAAUAACUCGAGAAUCAUUUUUGAACCUAAGGAAAGAUGAUGUAUCAGAAAGUACGUCUUUGUCAGCAUUAGUGACCACUAGUGACCUGAGUCUAAGGAAGAGCUGAAGAGGCUGUGAGCUUCUUACAAGGCUCCACACAAUCCCCGGGACUGGCCUGCUAAAGUGAAUGAAUUACGGAAAAAUCGACCUCAAGCUACCCUUUUAUUUUCUAUAAUAUGUACAGUGUACAGUGCCCUGGCAAUGACAUUUUUAAGAGAUAGCAACACAAAAUGCAUAGUUCAUGGUCAUAGACUUUAUUCCAAAAUACAAUUGAAAAGUAGAAACUAAGAUUUUGUUAAUUGCUGAACAUAUUGAAGAUUUUCACAAUGACUGCUGAACAUAUCAAGAGCUUUCAGUAGUGCUGUUGGCUUUCUGGAUGGUACUUGGAUAAACAGGAAUAUUCCCAAUAAAUAUUUUGGAACUCAUGAAAUUAUUCCAAUUUUAACAUACAGAUUUUUUCACAGUUUGGUGAAUGGAAGAUAGUCAUACUAAAUUUUUUCCUCCCUGUUUGGUGUCAAAGUUAACAAAUAGCUUAUGUACCAUGAAACUUCAGCAUUGAUUGCCUAACUUCCCAUUAAUUUAAAUUUUUGUCAAAGAAAAUUCAGUUUGAAAAGCUGUGGGAAUGUUUUAUAUGCACCAUAAACAAAAGAGGUAAUUUAAUUUUAACUAAUUUACCAUAGUUAAUACUCAGCAAACAAUUGUCCAUAAUUGCUAAGCAUAUGAAAUAGCUUUUCAGGAAUGAAAGACAAGGAAUACUACUUUCUAAGAAAGAUCUUAUAAGAGAUGUAAUGAGUAGGUUAAACUACUCCUUUGAAAGAAUAAGUUUUGGUUCUAAACCAGUAACAAAGAUGAGAUUUUUCUCUUCUCUGGUUGAUCUUUAAGGAUAUUAUGGAGCUCAUUUGGCUACCAGAGUUGAAAUGUCUGAUAAAGCUAGCUAGGUAUGGUUAUUUCAAAGUAUAUUGGGGAAUCCUCUGCCUCAUAAAGCCCUUUUAAAAAAGUAACUAUUAAGAGAAGAAAAGGUACAUUAAAAUUUUUUUAAAUGUUUCUGGAUCUGUUCUUAAGCACCACCUGGUCCUCACAACCGAUAAGAUUUUUCUUACAACCUUUCAGCUAAAGAGGGACCAAAAAAUCAAUGGAGUUAGAAGUAUUUGUUUUAUUUUUUCUAUAAAAUGUAUAUCCAGUAUAUGUAAACUUUAAAGCCACCAAAAAUAGAAGUGUGCUUUAACAUCAGUUGAAAUCUAAAUUUUUAUUCUUUUGUGGUGAUUACAAAAUAAAAGGAUAAGAGUGUCAGAUAUGACCAAAUAUAUUAUGCUCAUUUAUAUUAAGUACCUAUGAAAAUUAGCACAAUAGAAAAUUUACUUUUGAGUAUAAAUUUGUUAAAUAUUUACGUGGCAAUUUUUAUGUAUAAUUUCAUAGAUUGGUAAAAUUUAAAACUACUUUUCAGAAUUUUUCUAUCUUAAGUUUGGGGUAAGUGGGGCUGAUGGGGCUGACUGAAUAGAAAAGGGCUGUGGACCCAAACGUUAAAUUGACUUCUGUUCUCAUUCAGAGGCCUUAAUGUUUUAUAAAUAAAUGACAGUUUUUAUUUUUUAAAUUUUCUAUUUGUUUUUGGGAAAGUACCCCUUAAUUUGAUGGCACAUUCAUUCAUAUAGUUUUUAUCCCAAGUUAGAAUGAAAGAAAAUAUGCUACACAAUUGAGAUUAAGUCUGAGGCAGUUCAUUGAGGCAGCUCUAUUAUGAAAUAUUACUUGAUAAAUAAUUAUUUUUGUAAACAAAUAAGUUGAGUUAAUUUAUUCUUAGUCUUCUUACUUGGACAUAAUUUUAAGAUCUUGGCAUUUAAAGACAUUUACUUUGUUAUAUAGAAAGUUUUCCAUCCCGUACUUUUUUUAAAUUUAUGUCUGGAGGUAUGUAGUGCAUAGGAGCCUAUUUUAUCAAUAAAGAUGAGUGGUUAAAAUUUG